CGCCGGCCUGAGGAGCCGCCGCCGCCGCCGCUUGGGCCGGGAAGCGAUGUAGGAGCCGCCAGGCCGUCCCCAACCCUGCCCGGCCCGAGCCCCGCGGGCCGCCGCCGCCACCAUGAAGAAGCAGUUCAACCGCAUGAAGCAGCUGGCCAACCAGACCGUGGGCAGAGCUGAGAAAACAGAAGUCCUCAGCGAAGAUCUGUUACAGAUUGAACGGCGUCUAGACAUGGUGCGGUCCAUGUGCCACCAUUCCCAUAAGCGCCUGAUGGCAUGCUUCCAGGGCCAGCAUGGCACCGAUGCAGAUAGAAGACACAAAAAACUCCCUCUGACGGCUCUCGCUCAGAAUCUGCAAGAAGCCUCAACUCAGCUGGAAGACUCUCUCCUGGGGAAGAUGCUGGAGACGUGUGGAGAUGCUGAGAAUCAGCUGGCUCUCGAGCUCUCUCAGCAUGAAGUCCUUGUCGAGAAGGAGAUCGCGGACCCUCUGUACAGCAUAGCAGAGGUCGAGAUUCCAAACAUCCAGAAACAGAGGAAACAGCUCGCGAAAUUGGUGUUAGACUGGGAUUCAGUCAGAGCUAGGUGGAACCAAGCUCACAAAUCUUCAGGAGCCAACUUUCAGGGGCUUCCAUCAAAAAUAGAUACCCUAAAGGAAGAGAUGGAUGAAGCUGGAAAUAAAGUAGAACAGUGCAAGGAUCAACUUGCAGCAGACAUGUACAAUUUCAUGGCCAAAGAAGGGGAAUAUGGCAAAUUUUUUGUUACGUUAUUAGAAGCCCAAGCAGAUUACCAUAGAAAAGCAUUAGCAGUCUUAGAAAAGGCCCUUCCCGAAAUGCGAGCCCAUCAAGAUAAAUGGGCGGAAAAGCCAGCUUUUGGGACCCCUUUGGAAGAACACCUGAAGCGGAGUGGGCGCGAGAUCGCGCUUCCCAUCGAAGCCUGUGUCAUGCUGCUUCUGGAGACAGGCAUGAAAGAGGAGGGCCUUUUCCGAAUUGGGGCUGGGGCCUCCAAGUUAAAGAAACUGAAAGCUGCUUUAGACUGUUCUACUUCUCACCUGGAUGAGUUCUAUUCAGACCCCCAUGCUGUAGCAGGUGCUUUGAAGUCCUAUUUACGGGAAUUGCCUGAACCUUUGAUGACUUUUAAUCUGUAUGAAGAGUGGACACAAGUUGCAAGUGUGCAAGAUCAAGACAAAAAACUUCAAGAUUUAUGGAGAACAUGUCAGAAGUUGCCACCACAAAAUUUCGUUAACUUUAGGUAUUUAAUCAAGUUCCUUGCAAAGCUUGCUCAGACCAGCGACAUUAAUAAAAUGACUCCCAGCAACAUCGCGAUUGUGUUAGGCCCUAACUUGUUAUGGGCCAAAAAUGAAGGAACGCUUGCGGAAAUGGCAGCAGCCACGUCUGUCCACGUGGUUGCCGUGAUUGAGCCCAUCAUUCAGCAUGCUGACUGGUUCUUUCCUGAAGAGGUGGAAUUUAACGUAUCAGAAGCAUUUGUACCUCUCACCACCCCCAAUUCUAAUCACUCAUCCCACACUGGAAACGACUCUGACUCGGGGACCCUGGAGAGGAAGCGGCCUGCCAGCAUGGCGGUGAUGGAAGGGGACUUGGUGAAGAAGGAGAGCUUUGGUGUGAAGCUUGUGGACUUCCAGGCCCACCGGCGGGGUGGCACCCUAAAUAGAAAGCAUGUAUCCCCUGCUUUCCAGCCGCCACUCCCGCCCACAGAUGGCAGCACCUUGGCGCCAGCAGGCCCAGAGCCCCCUCCCCAGAGCUCUAGGGCUGAAAGCAGCUCCGGGGGUGGGACUGUCCCCUCUGCGGGCAUACUGGAGCAGGGGCCGAGCCCAAGCGAUGGCAGUCCUCCCAAGCCCAAGGACUCCGUAUCUGCAGCUGCAGCUGCACCUACGCCUGCUCCAGGGAGAAACAGCAGUCAGAUGACCACUGGCCAAACCCAGACCCAGGCAGCUGCCAGCUCCCACCAGCUCUCUGCUGGCCCAGCCCAUAAUGCCGCCGGGCCAAGCCCUCAUACUCUGCGCCGAGCUGUUAAAAAACCUGCUCCGGCACCCCCGAAACCAGGAAAUCCACCUCCUGGCCAUCCUGGGGGCCAGAGUUCUCCAGGAACAUCUCAGCAGCCACCCAGUCUGUCACCAAAGCCAUGCACCCGAAGCCCCUCUCCUCCCACCCAGCACCCAGGCCAGACUCCAGGCCAGCCCUCAGCCCCCUCCCAGCUCUCUGCGCCCCGGAGGUACUCCAGCAGCCUGUCUCCAAUCCAAGCUCCCAGUCACCCGCCGCCGCAGCCCCCGACCCAGGCCACGCCGCUGAUGCACACCAAACCCAGUAGCCAAGGUCUGCCCACCCCCAUGGCCUUGCCCAGCGAGCACGGACUUGAGCAGCCAUCUCACACCCCUCCCCAGACUCCAACGCCCCCCAGUACUCCACCCCUAGGAAAACAGAACCCGGGCCUGCCAGCCUCUCAAACCCAGGCGGUGAGUAACCCUGAGACGGCGCAGCCGCAUGCUGGAACCUUACCAAGACCGAGACCAGUACCAAAGCCGAGGAACCGACCCAGCAUGCCCCCACCCCCCCAUCCUCCUGGUGCCCACCCAGCUGCGGAUGGCAACGUGACCAACACCGCACCGACAGCUUCCAAAAUAGUAACGGACACCAAUUCUAGGGUUUCCGAACCGCUUCGCAGCCUCUUCCCUGAAGUGCCCCCCGACUCCGCAAGCAAGGACCUGCCCGGCCGCAUUCUGCUGGAUAUAGACAAUGACACGGAAAGUACCGCCCUGUGAAGAAAGCCCCUCCCAGCCCUCGACCCCGUCCACCUGCCAGUGGAACAGGGGCAGGCAGACCUCUGUCUUUGCAGACCAAGCAGCGAAAAGCUUUCAGUGGAGGGCAGAGAAAGGCCUCCCCCCGCCGCCCUUGGCCUUCUGCACAGCCCGUGGAGGCCGACACGAAAGCUGAAUGACCUGUGUCUGGAAGAAGUUGGCUUUCUUGACGUGGGAAGGAAAUCAUGCCAAAAAAUCAAACACAAAGAAAUACCCAGAGUGGAAAAAGUAUUCCUGCCGAGAUGUGUAUAGGAAGCUUCUGCCACUGCUGUUAAUAUGGGCAGCACCAACAGCAAUUUGGGUUGAGUAAGAAGCAAUGCAGUAACUAUCUAUUUAAUAAAAUACGUUAAUUAUGCAAGUCGCCUACUUCCUGCUACUUGGACUUUCGUUCUUCUAUGUUAGGAGGGAGUUCCUUUCCUUCAGACUUGCUGCAGAAUCAUUUUGUACCAAGUAUGGUCUGUGUCUCCCCACCCCCGUGCCCUCCAAACCAUGAGCAUUGAUGGUGACUGCUGGAUCUGUCACCCCAUCAAACUGGAUGUGACUCGUGCCUUGUUGGAUUGCCAGAAUGUAGAAAGAAUUGUACUGUUCUUUUUUUUUUUUAAUGUAAUUGCUACUUGAUAAGGACCGAACAUUAUUCUAGUUUCAUGUUUAAUUUGAAUUAAAUAUAUUCUGUGGUUUA